AUGGCCCCUAUCCGAGUUGGUAUCAUUGGUCUUGGUGCCAUAGAACCUGGACUUGUUGCUGCUGGAGCUUGGGCCGCUUCUGCUCUUCUACCAUCCUUUCUCUCCUCGCCUCACUAUGAGCUCGUUGCCGUGUGCAACUCUACCGUGGCAUCUGCUCGUCGAUCCAUCGAGUUUCACAAGCUGGGCUCGACAGUCAAGGCUUACGGCAACCCAGAGGACAUUGCCAACGAUCCCAACGUUGACCUGGUGGCUGUGUCUAUCAACGUUGGAAAGCACUACGCUGUAGCCAAACCCGCCCUCUUAGCCAAGAAGCAAGUCUUUGUAGAAUGGCCUCUUGGAGCAAACACGGCAGAGGCAGAAGAACUGACAAAGCUGGCCAAAGACGCCAAUUUGAAGACGAUUAUUGGCACGCAGUUCCUUGCUGAUCCCGCCUUUGCCAAAGUCAAGGAGUUGGUCGACAGCGGUGCCAUUGGCAAGAUUACGAGCACAGAGGCUCAGCUUUCGCCCAACUACGGACCUCCCGAUGUCUGGGGGUUUGAUGCAACCUAUUACCUGGAUCUCAAGUCGGGUGGUAACGAAUUCCACAUUGCAAUGGCUCACUUCCUUGCAGGAUUUCUGCAUGUGCUGGGCGACUUUGCUACCGUCAAGGCGUCAUUCCUCACCCAGUAUCCGACAGUGAAGCUUCUCGACCAAAGAACUGGCCAGAUUGUCGACCCAGCAUAUCCCAGAAAGGCCCCGGACCACAUGUUUGUUCAAGGUGUUCUCAACAAUGGCGCCAUCGCCAGCGUCAACUAUCGCCGUAACCCUCAGCUCGUUGGAAAGCCUACGCGCUGGGUCAUCACCGGCACAGAGGGUGAAAUCGAGUUCACCGUUGACGGGCCCAUGCUGCAAAUGGGUAGCCACCCGCGAGAAAUUCGCAUCAAGACGGCUAAGGAAGAGAACGGGGCUAGAGUGGUUGCAUGGGGAGAGGGUACCCCGGCACAUGUUGAGGGCGUGGCAUUCCCAGGACAGAACACGGCUUACCUGUUUGAAGAUUUUGCCGUGAGCAAGGAGGGCGCUCCUGAUUUUGAGGACGCAUUGAGGUUGCACAAGCUGUUGGAUAGGAUUCUUAAGGAUGCGAACCCCAAGUAUGAUUGA